CUCCCCAACUGAGUGGCCAGCGGCCUCACAUGCCAUGGAAGGAGACCCCUCUCCCUCCCAGGAUCCAGCACUGCUCUCCAAAAUGGCUGUGUUCUCCAGUCCAAGCCCCGAAAGAGCAGCUGUGCCCACAAGUGAGAAGGGAAGGACUGUGGUGCCCAACCAUCUCUCAGUGACCCAACAGUUGUGGACAACUUUGGCUGGGACUCAGGGCUGGGGGUCCCACUCCAGGGACCCCAUGAAGGAAGUCACCCUUUUGCCCCAGUAUUUGGAGACUUUCCAAACGGCGUCAUCUGGGCGCCCUAGAGGGGGCUGGCAGACUUGGCCUCCCAUGCCAGCCCCCGACAUGGGCAGCAUCGCAAGGGAAGAGCCGCCGGUCGCCAGCACCUGGCUCUUGGCCUCAGUGCCAGAGGAGUUGGAAGGGGCCACCACUGCCAGGACCCCACAUGCGCCAGCCAUGCCAAGAGAAGGGCGCCCCAGAGCACACCCGGUCUUUGUGGCAGAGAACCAGCCGCCCCUCCUGAAAGCCACUAUCUUGCACAUCCCUUGUGAGCUGGUCUUGGCCAUGGAGUUUUCUAGAAGCUUCCAGGACCCUGAAUCGCCCGAGUAUCGCAACUUAGUGAUCAGCAUCAAUGAAACGAUCACCCCUCUUUUGGCCUCUUUGCCUGGAUUCCAGAGACUAGAAGUGAAGACAAUCCGACCAGGGAGUGUGGUGGUGGGCUUUGAUGCCCUCUUCCUGGCCAAGGCUCCAGGCCUUUGGGCAGCUCUGAACCGGUCAUCCCUGUCGGAGCGCUUGCCCCCAGGGCUGUGGGUGGCCAACGCCAGCGUGCUGCGGAGCAUGACCCAGGAGAGGCACCUGGAUCUGUGCACCAUCAUUUUCUCCUGCCAAGCUGGCUACGAGUGUAUUGCUGAGGGAGGCAUCGGCCGUGCCAUCUGCAUCUCCCUGUGCCACCGGGACUAUUGCAAAAACCAGGGCAUCUGCACCCAUGCGGCCAACCACACUCCUGUCUGCCAGUGCCCUGUGGGCAGUGAUUUCUGGUUCCUGGGCGUCCGCUGCGACUACAAAGUGACCCAGCAGGGCAUCCUCGGCGUGGCCUGUGGCCUCCUGCUCAGCCUGGUGGUGGUUGGUGUGGCUGUGGCCGGCCUGGUCAUCCGCAGGGUCCGGCUGCUGCUGCUGGAGGCGAGGGCAGACCAGACCAAAAGCAGCUACCGGCGCUUCUGCCGCCUGGACGACGUCUCGGCGCAUUACUGGUCCGAACCUUGGCUGGCCUCAGCCAGUUCCUUGGACAACCCAGCCUUCAGCAACUCUGAGGAGCUGCUCCAUUUGCAGAUUUUGGACACCGGCUGCUAUGGCUGCCAAGAGGAGCCACUGGCCCCCGAGGGCUACGGCAAGCAGCCUCACGACAGCCUUGGCGCUGCAGGGCGGCCCAGCUCCGGCUUCCACUGGGACGAGAGCUCCAACAGCGCCAACGACCCCAUGAUUGACUCUGGGAAGGCCAGUGAGGUCUCCAUCUGCAGCUGGCCCAUGAAGCCCAUCCAGUGGAGCCCCUUUCCUGCCAUCCACAACCCUCCCAGGGAGCAAGAGCACAAGGCCCCUCUGCGGCCCCAUUCUUGCUGCGAGGGAAUGGAGCUGGUCAACCUGGAGAGAAGCUGGACAGCCUGAAUCCUUCCAAAGAGACACUCAGCCGCUGCAGCCCUCCUCUCACUUAAAAAACCCAAAACCUCCCUGGUGACAAAAGCUCAGAGACGGAGUGGCUACCUUGAAAUGGCGUCCCUUACGUUGGACACCAAGUCCUCAUGGUUGAGCCAGCCGGCCAACUGUCCUGGAUUGGUAUUGGAGAAAGCCCAAAGCCAGCCGGCCAGCAAAAAAGCAAACGGAGCCGAGAGGCCGGACUCUGAUGGAAGAAGAGGUCCGAUAAGGGACUGCCGGAACAAAUGUCAAGGAGGAAGCGUCAAUUAAAUUGUUGUGUGUAAA